UGAACCGAGAGGCUGGGUAAAACAGUUUCAUCUAUGUCAUCGUGAUAGCAUCGAUAGUACUUCCAUGAAUUCUACAAUCACUAUCGGAGACACCGAUGAAGAGGUGAUUGAUUUGGACUCUAGCCAAGACACCAUCAAUGAUGUUGACAAGGUCCAAAGUAAAUGUUCUAUUGUCAAAAGUUCGCUGUCGAACGAUGUUGCAAACAAAACAGAUAUUACGAUCGAGAACGCGGAGACCAACAAAGAUGUUUCUACAUCGCAAACUUGCAACAGCAUUGAUACGUCGAAACCACUUAUUAAGGUUAUGUUUCGGGACGAAAAUAUUUCACGACAGUACAGUAAACGGAUAAAAGAAUUUAUAGAGGAACUAAUUCCCUUCACAAUUAAGUGUCAAGAAAAUGACAAUAGUUUAUCAUUAGAACUGUGGGACAAUGACACAGAUUCUACUAGUCAGUCUGUUGAAAUUACAACAGAAAGUGAUGACAGUCAGGAUAUAAUAUGUGACUCAUUGUUUACGGUAGAUACACAGCCAAAGCUUCAAGAUGAUUUUGAUGUUCCAACGUAUGGGAAGAAAUAUGAAAAUGUGUUUGAAAAUACUAAGACAGAAUUAAAACCAGAGGCAAAGGACACAUGUCCACCAAAAAUGAUGUGUUUCAAUUGUCUAGACAAUCACAAUUUACGUGAUUGUCCAAAACCACGAAAUCAUGGUGCUAUAAAUAAAAACAAAAAAAAUUUCAAUAUGAAGGGAGGAAAUAUGAGAAGUCUUAGAUAUCACUUAGAAGGUGACCAGAAAUUUGGUCAUUUGAUCCCUGGCCAAUUGAGUAGUAAUUUACGUAAAGCACUAGGUCUCAAAGACAAUGAAUUACCCAGGCAUAUAUAUAAAAUGAGGUUGUUUGGGUAUCCUCCAGGAUGGUUACAGGAGGCACACUUGCAACACUCUGGCAUAUCAUUAUUUAAUUCCGACGGUGUCGCAGAAGAUGAUCCUCAUGCGGAACCAGGAGAAGUUAUUGCACCUGAAGACAGAGAUCAAUAUGACAUAAAAAAGAUAUAUGAUUUUCCUGGCUUUAACACACCACCUCCACCUGGUACUCGUGAUGAGAAUGGACAGUAUUGGGUAUCACCAAUGCAGGUUGCUCAUAGCAAGCAGACAAUGUUGAAGAUGCUGAAAGGAAAAAAGGCAGAUGAUGGAUAUAAAAGAAAGAAGCUUAAAAUGUCUGACAAUGGAUUGAAAGAUAAUUCAACUCUAGAAACUGUUAAAAUGGAGAUAGAAGAUGUGGAAGAGGGUCUAGUAGAAAAUGUGCCUGUUAACGGACUUUUUGUACCUCCGUUGCCUCAAGAACCGAAUGUAAAGCCACCAGAACCAUCAGUGCCGCCAACACAAGUAACAUCUGAAGAUUCAGAUUAUCCUUCACAAGAAUUGCAAUCACCGGAAAAUAGCGCAUCCCCUUUGUCUCGGCCGAAUUCGCCAUCGCUGUGUGAUUUAGAAAAUAUGAAGAAAAGGCUGCUCGUGGAGCUUCAGGAAUCGAAUUCACCGUCAAAUUCUGAUGAUUUGUCGAAAAAUAACUCUGCUGAUUCUAUGUCGAAACAGAAGAUGCCGCCGCCCAGUAACGAAGUAACACCGGAAUCGAAUAGAACCCGCAGAAAUACGAUGAAUUCGAGCCAAGGCAGCAUAAAAUCGAUUGAUCUAGGUACACCCAUUUUACAAAGCACUUCUCCGUAUAAUAGGUUGCCGUCGUCUGAGAAAUUUUCCAAAAAUAUUUGCGACGUGAUCAAUUUCGAGAAUCUCCCGGAUUCGACAGGUAAGUACGAACAGAUGACUGGGGUUUUACAGAAAGUAAGAGACACAUUGGCAAAACUUCAGUAA